GGGCUCAGUUUUGGUCAACUCCUACACUUCCCAUGGCGACGAUAGCUAGUAUGCUGGUGGCUCCAACCCGAAACCCAUUCUCCUGCUUCCGUGAACCAUUGUUUCCGGGAAGCCGCUCCGUUGUAUCCAACCGUUACCUAGAGACAUGCGUCAGACGAACACACACUAUUCCCAGAUUCAUUAGAGCGUGUCAAGGUUCAGACAAGGUAGGUGGUGAUGGAGGAGGGGUUUCAGCAUCAGCUAAAAGAUACCAUUUUGGGAAAGAGUUACUGAGUUUUGCUUCAGAUAAUUUCUUGCCUCUAGCUCUUGUUACUGGUGUGAGCUUGGGAUUUGCAAACCCAACUCUUGGAUGUCUUGCUGACAAAUACUCUCUUUCAAAGUUCAGCACUUGUGGGAUCUUUAUUAUAUCAGGGUUGACUUUACGAACUGAAGCGAUUGGUGCUGCUGUGAAAGGAUGGCCUCUUGGAAUCUUCGGGCUGGCCUCUAUUUUGUUGCUCACUCCAUCCUUCUCAAGGCUAGUUAUGCUAGUCCAACUCCAACCUCAGGAACUUGUUACAGGGCUAGGUAUAUUUUGCUGUAUGCCAACCACCUUAUCAAGUGGUGUUGCCCUCACUCACCUUGCUGGGGGAAACUCUGCUCUUGCUCUGGCGGUGACUGUGGCAUCCAACUUGUUAGGCAUUUUAACUAUUCCAUUUUGGGUAUCAAGAUAUAUAGCCGGAGGAGUAGGGGUUUCGUUUCCCACUGACCAACUAUUCAAAAGUCUUAUAGUUACUCUCUUAAUCCCUUUGAUCAUUGGCAAGGUUAUUCGGGAAACAUUCAAAGGUUUCGCAAACUUUGUUGACAAUAACCGUAAACUGUUUUCGAGAAUGAACGCAAUCUGCCUCAGUUUGGUGCCAUGGAUCCAAGUUAGCAGGUCAAGAUCACUGCUACUAUCCGUUGAGCCUAAAGUUUUUCUUUCCGCCAUUGGCAUUGGAAUAUUGCUGCAUCUCUCUUUACUAGCAUUCAAUGUUCUUUCAAUCCGCAUCCUCACCGGUGGUAGUAAUAGUAAGAACUCCAAGGGAAAUGGCACAGCAGUCUUGCUCGUUGCAAGCCAGAAAACAUUACCGGUAAUGGUGGCGGUGGUGGAGCAAUUACGAGGUGCAUUUGGUGAACCAGGGCUUUUGGUUCUUCCUUGCGUAGCUGCACACUUAAACCAGGUUAAAACUUUGUAUUGUCUCUUCCAUUAUGACAACUUUUGUGUGCAUACUCUUAUUGUUAACAUACGUUUGUGUAGAUCAUGAUUGAUUCGAUUCUUGUCAAUGUAUGGCUUCGGAAGAGUAAUGCAUCUUCCACUGAUAUAAAGACAGCUUAAGAAAGUGAGAUAGAAGCAAUGAAACACAACCAGGAAACCAAUGUUGUGGAGAAGGUUUGGUGUUAGUUGAUCGAUCAUGCAAGAGUUUUCUUUCAGACUAAGUCCUUAUUGUUUGCAGAUUCAUUUGUAUAAAUUUUCUGAAACGUUGUAAAAAUAUUAUAUUUUGACUAAUCAAACAUUUGUGAUUAAAAAUGUUAAAUUGG